AUGGAUCCUUGGCGCCAAUGCUGGAUGGAGCCCCCCUUGCAAAUGGUCCCGACUGGAGCAGAGGUGGAACAGCUGGGUAAGAGCUUCUCCCUUUUAAUUCUCCCACACUCAGCCCUUAACCAUGUCGGCUGCAGCCCCAUACCAGCAAGUGUAGGACUUCCUUCUCAGUGCCUGUGUGUAGGAUUGUGCUGCUGGGUGUUGCUUUGUAGUGCUUUAUUUUAAAAGAAUGACUCAAAUGAAUAAAUGAACAGCUUUUUUCGUUUUAGUGAUUCCUACUGUUCCCACCUAUGGCAUGCCAAAGUAAAGGACGAAUGCCUUAUAUUGAGUCAGACCACUGGCCUGUUGAAUGGUUUAUUUAAAUAUUAAGGUUCAUUAUUGUUUCACAAGAUGUGUAUGUCUUUAAAGGCCAGAGUAAAUAUCAUCACCUAGUUUUACAGUUGUGAAGCAGUAUAGCAGGUGCUGUUAAGUUGUGUUAAUUAAGCUGUGUCAGCAAUUGGGUAUACAGUGGUACCUCGGGUUACAUACGCUUCAGGUUACAGACUCUGCUAACGCAGAAAUAAUACCUCGAGUUAAGAACUUUGCUUCAGGAUGAGAACAGAAAUCAUGCUCCGGCAGCGCGGUCGCAGCGGGAGGCCCCAUUAGCUAAAGUGGUGCUUCAGGUUAAGAACAGUUUCAGGUUGAGAACAGACCUGCGGAACGAAUUAAGUACUUAACCCGAGGUACCACUGUAGUAUAUAAAGAGCAGCGUGUACCUCUCUCAGUCCCCUGGUGAAUGCGUCGAUGGAUGGGUCAUACUUAUAGAGUUAACGCGAGAGGAGUUUAUGUUUUUGUAAUUAAAGCCAAGCAAAAGAUAUUUUUGCAUUUCUUCAUUGUUUCCUGAAUGUGUGGUCUCCCCAGCACGCUUUCUGCAGCGCAAUUAACCUGCUAAAUAUGCAACAUCUUUCACCUAGAUCAGUAUUGUCUACACUGACUGGUAGCAGCCCUGCAGGGUUUCAGCCAAGGGACCUUCCCAGCCCAACCUACCAGCCACCUUCUGCAUGCAACGCAGAUGCUUUUUCGCAGAGCUGUUGCCCUUUCCCGUGGGCAACCCUUGCUCUUCCAGUUGUCGUCGUACUGCAACUCCCAUCAUCCCCGACCUUUGGCCAUCCUGGCUGGGGCUGAUGGGAAUUGGAGUCCAGCAACAGCUGGAAGGCUGCAGGCUCCUUUCCCCGCUGUAAAGUAUGCACUGGUUAAAAUAUAUAGAGCCAUUUGCUUUCUGUCCUGCAUUAAUCGAAUUCAUGACGCUAUAGCCUUUUUAAAUGUGUUUGUGGGUAGGGGUGGGGCUAUUGGUUUGGUUUGUCUUUGUUUUGGGUUUUUAUCUUGUAUUUUCAUGCUGUGAACCACCCUGAGCUCUGCAGAUGAAGAGUGGCAUACAGAUAAAUAAUACAGAUAAAUAAUAAUGAUGAUGACGACAACGACACAUUCCGUGUCUCUUCAGCAUCACUUAAGAAAAUGCUCUAAGUCAACGGCAGUAGCCCCUCAGAUUUUUUGAAAUGCAAAAUUUAAUGCAAAACUAACACAAAUAAACUUUUUUUUAAAAAAAAAAUGUAAGAUGCAAAAUUGAAGCAACACUGGCAAUCAAGCCAUGAAUUAUCAAAAUGGUUGGAACUGAGCGUUGAAAGUUACAGACAAUGCUACCUAGGGUAGGUAUUAGUGGUAGCAGAAAUAAUAAUAAUAAAUUAAUAUACCACUUACAUGCCAUAAUGACUUCUGAGCAGUUUUCAAGAGUGUGUGUGUGUGUCUUUAGCAGAAGAAGAAUGCAACUGAUUCUUUAACAUUUUUGCUAGGAAGUUUUGAACCUUAAAGAAAAUGUCUGCAGAACUAUAUAUCAGUGGCAUCUUAUCCCUUAUAAAUUUAGACAAAAUUAUAAAGUUAAUAUAAAUGGAGAUGUAGAAGAAUUUAAGUGGGCAUUAUUAACAUGUACUAGUCAUUCACUGAGAUUAAAUGUACAGUAUUGGGAACACAGUAUUGGGUGUCAUUCAGGAAAUCACAGGGCACAACGUAACGAGAAUCCUAAAACGGUGCUUCUUUGUAUAAUGCAAAUGGAGGCGUUCAGAGGACAAGAUGUUAAAGCAGAGCCAGGGAUUAUCAUUAUUUUCUGAGGUGGUAGCGAGUAGUUUGAAAGUGGUUUCACUUCCUGUGACAGGGUAUACACACUUGUGUACACUCAUUGUUCCCAUCUGGCUGGGUGAUCACUCAGAGCCACUGCAUGUGGAGCAAACAGUUGCCAGUUCUAGGCACCAAUGCCAGGGGGAAAGCAGGAGGCUUUAUCUUAAGAAAUUUCUGGGAGAGAUGUAUAGCUCAGUGAUAGAUCAGAUGCUUUGCUUGCAGAAGGUCUUGGGUUCAAGCCCUGCCACCUUCAGUUCAAAAGGAUGAAUUCACAAAUGAUGGAAAGAACUUCUGGCUGAAAUCCUAAAGAGCUACUGCCAGUCAGAACAGACAAGCCUAGUAUAUUGCAGAUAAUAAAAAUAAAAAUAAAAUAAAAUAAAAAUAAAUUUAUUAUUUAUACCCUGCCCAUCAGACUGAGUUGCUCCAGCAACUCUGGUUGGCUUCCUUUGUCUUUUUGUUGCCUCUCAUCAUAGAAGCUUGCAAAUGAUCUGCAAAGCCUGUGUGGUUAGGGGUCUUCUUCUUCUUCUUCUUCUUCUUCUUCGGUGAUCACUCGUAGCUGAGUAAGAGUGUCUUCCAUAAACAUGGUUUUAACAAUGAAUCCGUAAGUCCCUGAGGAGGCCAAUUCUGGAUCCACAUGUCCUUCCACAGUGGGGACGUUUGUUUCCGGGCGGGAGUUGAUCAUGGUGAUGGUUUGCCAAGCGUGCCUUCCUCUUAGUGCGUUUCUCCUAUUGGUCCUGAGUUCGAGCAUCUUCAAAGCCCAUGACCCCUUUGGUAAAGGCUGUUCUCCAACUGGAGCGCUCGCAGGCCAGUGUUUCUCAGUUGUUGGUGUUUGUACUACAUUUUUUUAGAUUUGCCUUGAGAGUGUCUUUGAACCUCUUUUGUUGACCACCAGCAUUACGCUUUCCAUUUUUAAGUUCGGAAUAGAGUAGUUGCUUUGGAAGACGGUAAUCAGGCAUCCACACAACAUGACCAGUCCAAUGAAGUUGAUGUUGAAGAAUCAUUGCUUUGGCACUGGUGAUCUUUGCUUCUUCCAGUACACUGGCGUUAAGGGGUAGCCUUGGGAUGAAUGUAGACACCAUUUCUUUCAAGCCAGCUUUAACUCUUGUACCAUUUCGUGCAGCCGUAUUCAGCCCCGACUGCUGUUUAUCCUGCGGCCCUCCAGAUGUUUUUGGACUCCAACUCCCAUCAACCCUUUCUGGCACAGCCAAUGGCUGAGGGGUGAUAGGAAUUGUAGGCCAGGAAUACCGGGAGGGUCUCAAUCUCCUCGUCCUUGCCCUACGAAAGAAAGUGUUUUCAAAUGAAAGUCUGAUGCCCUUACUUCUUUCUCUUUAUUUCUCCCCUGCAUCAAGAUUUCAUGGAAGAUUACCAGAAGGUUUUCCAAGAGGAAGACUUCAGUGCUGUAGAUUCCUGGUUUUUGCCAGAAAAUGAGGUGAAUCAGCCGCCACCAAGUUGGACUGGUGGGAGCUACCUAGCUGAGCUUGAAGGGUUUGAGAAGGAAAUGCCGUUCCAUCACACACCGGGCUUGAAAGGUAAAUGAUAUCCCUGGGUGUGAUCACUAAAGUAUCCCGACCUUAGCAUCAGCCACACUGGAAAGUCGUGGGAAUCUGUGACCUUCCAGAUGUUGAUGGAUCCCAAAGCCUCAUCUGUACUAUAGAUUUAAAGCAGUAUCAUACCACAUAAACAUUUUAAAAUAUAUGUUGGAAGUCGCCCAGAGUGACUGCGGCAUCCCAGUCAGGUGGGUGGGGUACAAAUAAUAGAAAUAAUAAUAAUAAUAAUAAUAAUAAUAAUAAUAAUAAUAAUGGCAUGGCUUCCCCUGAAGAAUCCUUGGAACUGUAGUUUGUUACAGAGGCUGAGAGUUCUUAGAAGACCCUCUGUUCCUCUUACAGAGGUACAAUUUCCAGUGUGGUUUAACAACCCAUCCCUCUUUCUAGAGAACUCUGGAUACUGUAGCUCUGUGAAGGGAAUAGGGGUCGCCUAACAACUCUCAGCAUCCAAAUGACAAUUUCCAGAAUUAUUGGUCGGACACCAUGUCUGUUCAGAGUGGUAUGAUACCGCUGCAAAUGUGUAUUGCGGAUGGAGCCCACAUGUUGUAAGUUGCUUGGAGACCCUUUGGGCAGCAGCAAGCAACUAACAAGUCUAAUAUUUAUCCCAUUUCUUUUCUAGGCUUCCCUGAGUACACAAAUACGGUAAUGGAAUUGACACAGGUCUCCUCUACCUGCCUGGAUUACAGUGCACUGUAUGAAAGAGGUAAGUUAUAGGAACUGGCAGAGGAAGAGGGGGGCAGGGGGAACACACCGCCCCCGGCAGCGCCAUCCCGGUGGGGUGCCAUCGUGGCUGCCCCCCACCCGUGCUGGCCACCAUGCCCCCGCAGGCUACGCGCCAUGCCCCCAGGACAUGCAACACACCCUGCAGGUGGCACCCCCCCGCCUGCUCUUCGCCCCCCCCCCCCCGGUGCUGGAGCAUGAAGCUCUGCCACUGGUUAUAGGCAAGAGGAAAGAGAUGGCUCUGUAGGCAGUUUUAGGAAGUUUGGGACACAUCCGAGAAGGGAGAGCCAGAUGCCCUCCAGAUGUUGUUGAACUACAACUCCCAUCAGCACCAGCAAACACUGACCAAUGGUUAGGGGUGUUGGGAGUUGGUCCAGGGAUAUCUGGCAGACCCCACAUCAGCUAUCUCUGCCUCGGGUCAUUUCCGCCUCCGUGGUUUUGGGUUCAGACCAGAUGGGCAAAUGUUUCAUUUCUAUACAUUACAAAAUAAUCAAAGCAUCUUACUGUAAUAAACACAUACAUACACAUAAAACAAUAUCGGUGCCAUAAGAGUCACCCAUUAAUUACAACAGUGACCAGACGUUUAGUCAACAAGAGGCAAAGGCUUUAAGAGUUCAGAAGAUUGUAAGAUGGCAAUUACUGUUCAAAAGCUGGCUUGAAAUUAUUUUUUAAAAAAGACGUUGGCAUCUGCUGGCAGAUGGGCAAACAAAGAGGGAACCUGGCAAAUUUCCAGAGUCCUGAAAUCAUGGUACAUACAACAAGGGAGCUUGUUUUAUGCUUCCAGGUAUGUUGUACAGCGGUACUUCAGGUUACAAACACUUCAGGUUACAGACUCCCCUAACCUCUGGUUAAGAACUUUACCUCAGGAUGAAAACAGAAAUUGUGCAGUGGCUGCAUGGCGGCAGCAGGAGGCCCCAUUAGCUAAAGUGGUACCUCAGGUUAAGAACAGUUUCAGGUUAAGAACGGACCUCCGGAACGAAUUAAGUACUUAACCCGAGGUACCACUGUAUAUGGAGUUAGUUUUUCUCUGCAUGCUAUGGGGAUGUUUGCUUCACAUUGUCCCAGAUCCUGGCUGUAGGUGCAAAACAGGAAUGGGGAUCCUUCAGAGGAUAUUGGCCUGCAACUCCCAUCCACUCCGGCCAGUGGCCAACAGUAAUGGGAGGCCACACCUGGAGGGCCAGAGCUCCUUGGUGUGAGGUGGUCAGAAAGUGGUUGCCCCUCCUGUUGAUGUUUCUUUCUCCUUCAAUCGCCUUCAGAUUCUAAGCUUGCCUAUCAGGACAGCAGCCCCACGAGUCUGCAAGGCUCCCCGUAUGUUAGCCCUGCGCCUCAGGCCUUGUCUUCUCCUCUGUGCCGCUGCUGCCCUGAAGAGCAACGGCCCUCAUCUCAGCCUCUGCUCGGAGGUCAGCUGGAACAGCAAGAACCAGGUAGGCAUGUUCGGCUGUUGGCUUCAUGCACUGAUACUGGGCAUCCCAGAAACCCACCUGGCUGGCCAUUGUGGGAUCCUGAACUAGAUGGAAGAUGUUUGGUCUGAUCCUGCAAGGCAAUUCUAGUCUGUAUGUUCUGAAAGAAGUGUGGAAGCAGAGGAUUCUGGAGGAUGGAAAGCAGCAUCUUGCAGCCUCAUUAAACAGUUUGCACUGUCUGCGUCAAUGUAAGAAUGAAAGAAGACCUGCUGGAUCUGGCUCAUCCAAUCCAGGAUCCUGUUUUCACAAUGGCCAAGCAGAUGCUGAUGGGAAGCUGGAAAGCAAGAUCUGAGCGCAAAGCUCUCUCCUUUCCUCUGAUUCCCAGCAACCACUGAUAUGCAGUAUUUUGAUAGCGGAAGGAGAACACAUGGUAGCCGUUGUAGCCAAGGCUAGUCCUACUCAGAAGAGAACCCAUUGAAAUGAAUGGAUGUGAUUUAGUUUCCAUUCAUUUUGACGUGUCUGCUUUGAAUAGAACUAAGCUGGAUACAACCACGCUGCUUCUCUAGUUCGAUGUGGUUCACGCUGCACCUAGCCCAAAAUUACUCUCAUUUGGAAGUGUUCCCACAGAAUCUCAGGUAGAUGCCUUCCCUGCUACCUGAUCCAUUUAACUGGAGAUGUAAACCUGGGACCUUCUACGUGCAAAGCAGAUGCUAUGGCCCAUUCCUAAAUCAGAGGAGGACCAAAGGUAGAUACACAAUGACUGUAGCCAGGAUUUUUGUUGUGGUGGUGGUGGGGGCAGGCUUUUGUUGGGGGGGCAGAACCUCAGAUUUGUAUUGAUUUUUAAUGAUUUAGGGGGGCAGCUUCCUGCCUGCCUUCUCCCCUUGGCUACAUCCAUGAGAUGCACAGAUGCCCUAACCCAUGUUGAGCCCUUCACAAACCUCUAUGACCUUAUCAGGCAUCUUCCACAUGCUUUCCAGUCUACCCUCACAGUCCUCUUCUUCCAUAAUUUCCCCUCUAGAACAAGAUUUAUUGGGGGUUGUGACAUCCCGUGAUUGGAGAAAGACAUCUGGCCCAGCUGUCUUCAGCCAACCGAUCCCCUUGGAAUGCGAUUCAUGUCAGUGUGGCCCUCCGGUCAGAACCCAGAGGAAAAAGGAGUCAAGGGACUGGGCAGAGGCCCAUGUCACCAACUUGUCCCAUAGGGAACGGACAGGUAAGAGUUUGGAAAGAUUUCUGCCCUUCCCAUCAAUACUAGAAACCAGAGACAGGGCCUUUUUGGAGGCUGUUCCAUAGCUUUCAAACUAUUGGAAAAGUCUGUCAAGGUCAGGGGUCAGCAAACUUUUUUGGCAUGGGGCUGGUCCACUGUCCCUCAGACCCUGUGGGGGGCUGGACUAUAUUUUGGGAGGGGAAAUGAACAAAUUCCUAUGCCCCAUAAAUAACCCAGAGAUGCAUUUUUAAUAAAAGCACACAUUCUACUCAUGUAAAAACAUGCUGAUUCCUGGACCGUCCGAGGCCGGAUUUAGAAGGCAAUUGGGCCGGAUCCGGCCGCCGGGCCUUAGGUUGCCUACCCACAGUCAAGGUUCUCCUCUUUUGGCUUGCAGAGGUCUUCAAAAGGUUGCUGCGCUGCUGAAGGAUUUUUUAGUGCAUGGCUCUAAAACCUGGGGGGGGGGGAGGAAUCAGCAGAUUUAAAUCUGCUCCCUUCAAUUUAUUCGGCUUGAUGUGCUGCUACCUGUGUGGUUCCAGCAACAGCUUUUAAUGGCUGUUUUAUUGUUCUGCCUGUAGCUUUGAUUUAAUCUUGUAAACCACUUCCAACGAUUCCCAGAAAAACACUGUGUAAAUCGGGGUCCAACAGUGGGACACCAGCAGGCACAAGUAGACAGCAACCAGGCCGCUGCUGGUUUAAAACAAUCAAGCGGUGUAAAAAUUUCAUGACAUAAAUAAUAAUUAACAACAACAACAGCUGCCACUGCUGUCCCCUCCCCAACAUCCCUCUCCCUGCUGGGAAGACCCUUCCCCACCAAAAUCACCACCGCCCAGCCCUGACAGGAACCACAGGUUAGGGGGUGCUAUACUUGCCUUGCCUCGGGGCAACCCACGCUACACCACUGGCUCUGUUUAAGCCCUGCAUACCACCAACACUCCUUGCUUUUCUUUCUUGGACAGGUUCCGGUCCCAUCCAGCUAUGGCGUUUCCUAUUGGAGCUGCUCCAAGAUGGCUCCUGCCAGGCCUUCAUCCGUUGGACGGGGAACGACUGGGAGUUCAAACUCUGCGACCCCCAUGAGGUGAGGCUCGUAUGCAAAUGGAAGGAGUGGCACUUAACCCACAAGUGGGAAAACUCCUUCCAUGCCCUUCCCAUCAACAGAGGUGUGCCAAGGCUCCCUUGAACCCUUGGCAAGGAGAGCAUGUGGAUGGGUUGGCAGGAUCCGAGCCAGAGUGGUAUGAUUUUUACACCCCCUUGGUGGGGGCCAACCUCACUAACCCUUAGGUACAACCCUACCCAUCAAUACAGGGGACCAGAGGGGCAUGGAGAAAAGACCUUUGCGGUGCAAAUGGGGGUCUUAGAUGUAUGCCUAAGAAUCAUAAUGUGUGAACAGGAUCAACCUCAGUUUGAAAACCUGUGUAUUGUACAGGAAUGGGAGAUAGGAUUCAUAGAAGGGACCCCAAGGGUCAUCCAGUCCAACCCCUUGCAAUGCAGGAAUUUCAGCUAAAGCAUUCAGGACAGGUGGCCCCCCAAACUCUGCUUACAAGCCUUCAAGGAAGGAGAGCCCCCCACCUCCCGAGGGAGACCGUUCCACGGUUGAACAGCUCUUGCUGUCAGAAAGUUCUUCCUGAUGUCUAGUCAAAAUCUCCUUCCUAAUAACUUGAAGCCAUUGGUUCGAGUCCUACCCUCGAACAAGAGAAAAUGGCUAUGCCCCCACCUCGCUACACCACAGGGGAGCAAUCUGUGGGUCUCCAGCUGUUGUCAGCUGUACGGAAAGUAGAUGCCAGCAGCUCACUAGGCAGCCUUUGCCAACCUGGUGCCCUCCAGCUACACAGACUAUGUGCUGGCUGGAGAGUUGAUGGAAUUGUAUCCAAAACAGCUAGAAGGUUCCAGGCUGGUCAAGGCUGCUGUAGCACAACACGCGCAGCUGCAACAGGUCUCUGGCUCUUGUGAUCGUUAUGCUUACGCAGUGCUUGGGGGCUACCUUCCAUCCCAUUCUUCUUUCUCAACUAUGGGCAGGUGGCGAGGCGCUGGGGCAAGAGGAAGAACAAACCCCGCAUGACCUAUGAGAAACUCAGCCGCGGCUUGCGCUACUACUAUCACAAGAACAUCAUUCACAAGACCAGCGGACAGCGCUACGUGUACCGUUUCGUCUGUGACAUCCAGGGCCCGAUGGGUGAACUAGCUGAGAAAUUGCACAGCUAG